AUGACGUCAACCCGGCAAAGCCCAGAAUUCAGGAAUGAUAUAACUGUUUUAUAUGAACAAUGGCAAGAAUAUCGAAGUGAUAUUAAAUUAGUUGAAGGUCUUGGGAAUUAUGAACCCGUAACUAUUGUAGAGAAGGAUGGAGUAGGUGAAAAAGGGAAACCAGCUUAUUAUCCGACAAAAUACGAAGAACAAGUUAUAAAUGCAAUCGAUACAUAUGGUAUUAAUUCAGUAGUUUCAGAUUUAAUUGCAUUAAAUCGAUCGAUACCAGAUACAAGGAAUGAUGAAUGUCAACAUUGGCAUUAUCCACAAAGAUUACCAAAUACAAGUGUAAUAAUUGUAUUCCAUAAUGAAGCCUUAUCAGUUUUAAUGAGAACAUUUCAUACUGUAAUAUUUCGGACACCAGAACAUCUUUUGCAUGAAAUCAUUUUAAUUGAUGAUUUUUCUGAUAUUGAAAAUUUAAAAGACGAACUGGAAAAUAAAAUCUAUGGUGAUACUUAUUAUAAUAAAGUGAAAAUUUUUAGAAAUAAAAAACGUGAAGGUUUAAUACGUUCUAAAAUUAAUGGAGUACUGAAAGCAACUGGUGAAGUUGUAGCAUUUUUAGAUGCACACUGUGAAGUAAAUGUAAAUUGGUUACCACCUUUAUUAACUCCAAUAGUAAAAGAUCAUCGAACAAUGACGGUUCCUUUUGUAGAUGGUAUAGAUUUUAAUACAUUCGAAUAUACACCGGUAUAUGGUAAAGAUGCUCUUCCAAAAGGUAUUUUUGAAUGGGGAAUGUUUUAUAAAGAGAAAGGUUUAACUAAAUAUGAAUUACAAAAUCGAAAACAUUAUAGUGAACCGUAUUAUAGUCCCACACAUGCUGGUGGUUUAUUUGCAAUUAAUCGUCAAUAUUUUAUUAAAUUAGGAAUUUAUGAUCCUGGAUUGUUAAUAUGGGGUGGAGAAAAUUUCGAAUUAAGUUUUAAAAUAUGGCAAUGUGGUGGUAGUAUUCAAUGGGUCCCAUGCUCAAGAGUUGGUCAUAUUUACAGAGCUGCCAGAUAUAGUUUUGCAGAUAUAACUGAUAAUAUUGUAGCACCAAUUGAUCAAUAUAAUUAUAAACGUGUUAUAGAAGUAUGGUUUGAUGAUAAAUAUAAAGAAUUUUUUUAUACAAGAGAACCAUUAACUAGAUUUAUUGAUGUUGGAGAUUUAUCAUCUCAAAUAGAAUUAAAAUCAAAUUUGAAUUGUAAAAAUUUUGAUUGGUAUAUGGAAAAUAUUGCAUCAGAUGUUUUAACCCAAUAUCCAUAUCCACCAAAAAAUUUAUAUUGGGGUGAAAUAAAAACAGCAUCAACUGGACUAUGUUUAGAUAUUUUAAAUGGUGAUUUACCACGUAAAAUUGGUGUAAGAGAAUGUCAUAAAAUGGGUGGUAGUCAACUUUUUCGUUUAAAUACUAAAGGUCAAUUAUCAAAUGGUGAACGUUGUAUUGAAAUUAUCAAUAAUACACCGCAUAUAGAUUUCUGUCAAAUUGGUAAAGUAAAUGGUGCUUGGCGUUAUGAUUUUGAAGAUAAGCAAUUCUACGAGCAACGAACUGAUAAAUGUCUUACAUUAGAAGUACCAUCCGAUAAUUUAAUAUUUGAAGAAUGUGAUGAUAGGAAUCCAUUUCAAAUAUGGGAAUUUAAUCAGUUAAACCCUUGGGUAUAG